AUGGAUUAAGAAAUAAGACCAAAAUGUAAAAGCAUUAUAAAGAGAUAAUCAACUCUUGAUAAUGAAAAUUAAAUUGAAUAAGGAUAACAUUAAUCAUAAAAUAAGGAUUAACAUGUAAAGUUUGGGGAAAUGCAUGUGGAUAUGAUUCUUAAAGAGGAUUAAUACCAGAUUUAAGAAGAUAAGUAAAAUAGUAGUAUAAAUACUCUUAAAUUUAAAAGUACAAAAGCCAAAGCAAUACAAAAAUUUAAGUGAAGCUGAACUUAUCAAAUUAGCAUUAAAGUAUUUGAUCUAAUUAAUAAAUUAGAAAACCUGAAGUUUUGGAAGAAGAUGAAUAAUGA